AUGGAACUUCAAGCCAUCCACGACGCUGUGCAAGAUGCGACAUCUAAGCUGCCUGCCAUCAAGAAACUAGAUAUCUUCACGGAUUCUUUAGCGGCUAUUCAGGAACUCAAGAAGCGGGAGCACUUGAAGAUAGCGCAGCAGUUCUUCCAGCUUGUCGGAGGAUCGGCUAGCGAAUGCGACACCAUACCUGGUCGUCAGUGCAUGGCGUCCUGCUUCUUCCUGCUGAAGCAGUUCGACGACGUCCUGCUCUACCUGAACUCCAUCAAGAGUUACUUCUACAACGACGACACAUUCAACUUCAACUAUGCCCAGGCAAAAGCCGCUACGCGAAAUUUCAAGGAAGCCGAAGAGGUGUUCCUGAUGAUUCAGAGCGACAAGAUAAAGUCGAGCUACAUCUACCAGAGCUGGCUGACCCGAUGCUACAUCAUGAACGGCAAGCCCCAGCAGGCGUGGGAACUCUACCAGAGCAUGGACACUUCGAGCGAGUCCUUUAGUCUGCUCCAACUGCUGGCCAAUGACUGCUACAAAAUGGGCCACUUCCUGUACGCUGCACGAGGUUUCGACCUGCUGGAGAAGAUGGACGCCAACCCGGAAUACUGGGAGGGCAAGAGGGGAGCCUGCGUGGGCACCUUCCAGAGGGUGAUUGCCGGGAGGGACGAGCCGGAUUGUCUGCGGGAGAUCGUGGAGAUGCUCAAGACGGAGAGUCACUCCCAGGCCGAGUCCAUCAGCAAGGUGAUACGUGGCUGGUGCAAAGAGAAGAAGAUAGCGCUUUCUUGACUGCCCGGC